AUGCCAACCACAUCCCGAGCUUGGACGUUCUCCCACCGCGGCUCCCCAACAGACAUCCUAUCUCUCUCCUCCCACCCCAUACCAACUUUCCCUCCUCCCCUCAAAGCCUCAGAAGAAUGGAUCCUCAUCAAAGUCUCCUUCGCAGGCCUCAACCCCGGCGCCAUCUUCCAAAUGUCCCUCAUCCCAACCUUUUUGCGCAACAAGACUUGCAUCCCCGAAAUGGACCUCUCCGGCACCGUCCACGACGUCUGGCAUCCUCACGCCGUCGAGUCUGAGUCCACUACUACGUCUACUACUAGCACUCGUUUCCGCAAAGGCGACAAAAUCAUCGCCAUGAUCCCCGCCAGCCACGCCCUCCCAACCGGCUGCGGCGCCCUCGCCGAAUACGUCUCCCUACCCGCCCGCUUCGCCGUCCACAAGCCCCCACAGGCCUCCUUCGCCGACGCAGCUGGCUGUCUUCUCACGGGAAUGACUGCCCAUCUGCUAGUCAUCGAGGCUGGCCUCAAGCCAGGCCACCGCGUGCUCGUCAACGCUGCCAGCGGCGGCAUCGGCACCAUGGCCGUGCAGAUGGCUCGCCGGGUCGUUGGACCAGAGGGCUUCAUCGUCGGCAUCUGCAGCGCCAGAAACGUCCAGCUCGUCGAAAGCCUCGGGGCAGACUUCGUCAUCGAUUACACGCAGCACACUGACAACAAGAACCAGAACAACAACCUCCCAGCACAUCUCGCGCAGACCUUCCACGCCAACCCCUUCAACGCCAUCAUCGACACCCUCGGCCACCAAUCCCUCUACGUCAACUCCAUCGCCUAUCUCAUCCCCUCAGGCAUCUACUCCUCCGUCGGCAUCAAGCCCCCCGACUUCUCCAUCCCCGCCUUCCUCCGCGCCGUAUGGCAGAUGCAGCUCAAUGAGUGGUGGCCCGUGAGCCGCUGGCUCGGCGGCGUCGGCCGUCUCUGGCGGGGCGUCUCGAUGAUGGAGCCGACGCUGGAGGAUCGCGAGCGCAUUGCCGAGAUGCUGCGGGAUGGCCAGAUACGCGUGGUCAGGGACAGCGUCUGGCGCUUCGAGAAUGUCAGGGAGGCAUAUGCCAAGCUGGGCGGGCUGCAUGCAAGCGGUAAGAUAUUAGUGAGAGUGGAUGAAACGGUGGGUGAUGAUGAGUGCUAA